AUGUGUGUAUUCAGAAUAGCCAACCAUGUUUGCCAAAGAGAAAUCAAGAAAAACGAUGUAGCAGAGCUGUAUGCAGCGGCCUUGGAAUGGAGUUUCUGGCUAAAAGAACUUGUCGGUGCAGAGUAUAAGUCAAAGACGAAAUCAAGAAAAGAUCCUACUACCGACUGCAGAAAUGUUUUGCUUGAGCUUGCUUCGUUGCAUUGGGCAAAACGUAUGGCUGCGGCUGGCGGUAAAGAAGAGGCUGGUGUGGCCUUGCUAGAUGACGAUGAAAAGAACAAAUAUACGAUUUGGGGACCUAAUAGCCGCGUAGAAUUGGGAAACAGCGCUGAUAUCUUGGGCUUUGACUGCUCUACACUCAUGAAGAAAUACUUCGAAAACCAGGACCUCAGUACUCACGUUGACUUUGAUCUAAAAAGUAUUGUCAAGUUUGGACGUAGGCUGUGGAGUCCAGACCAGGCUGUAUUUGGGUGUUCGAUGAACCAUAAAGAAGACAAUAUAACAAGCUUCUUUAUUAAGCUUUGUAUCAGGGUCGAUAUAAACAAACAAAAUGGGCCAAGGGCCUCAGUUAAAGAGUUGACUUACUUUAGCGAAGCUGUAUCAUACUUGAAAUACAAGCCUCCGGAUGGAAGCUCACGAUUACCAGCCUCGUCAAAGCAUCUGAUGUGA